AUGACCACUCUUCGGGUACUGCUGCACAAAGUUGCUCACCGUGACUACGAGCUGCACUCUCUUGACUUCAGCACUGCUUUCUUGCAGGGCAGCCUGCACGAGGAGAUCUGGCUGCGUCGCCCACCUGGCUUCACUGGGUCUUUUCCUCCUGGCACCCAGUGGAGCCUCCGGCGGCCAAUCUACGGUAUCCGCCAGGCACCGCGUGAGUGGCACGACAGACUGAGGACUACACUUGCGGCUCUUGGGUUUGCUCCCUCUAAUGCUGACCCGUCGCUGUUUCUACGCACCGACACUUCUUUGCCGCCGUUCUACAUCCUCGUGUACGUCGACAACUUGGUCUUUGCCACUGCUGACACUGCUGGAUUCGCCCACGUGAAGUCCGAGCUGCAGAAGAGACACGCGUGCACAGACCUGGGUGAACUGCGCAGCUACCUUGGCUUGCAGAUCACCCGGGACAGAGCACAGCGCACCAUUAUCCUGACUCAGUCACACAUGGUGCAGCAGGUCCUUCAGCGCUUCGGCUUCACGCACUCCUCGCCUCAGGCCACUCCUCUGCCUACUCGCCACUCGCUCUCAGCUCUGCCUUCGGAUGAGUCCGUAGAGUCGAGUGGCCUACCGGAGCACAUGGCUGCAGCGAAGAGGGUGUUGCGCUACUUGUGCAGUACGUCGGGCAUGGGGCUUGUGCUUCGAGGGCAGAGUCCAGUGGUCCUCACCGGGCACGCAGACGCUUCUUGGGCUGACGACCAGGCUACGCAGCGGUCGUGA